CUGCAGUUAGCACAGCAGUUGCAGUCAUGAAGACACUGAUCGCCGUGUUGUUGGUCGCCUUCGUGGCAGCAGAGCAGAAGCGCGAGGCUGAGCCUUCCGUCGGCCUCCAUCACCCCCUUCUCUACCCUUACGGUGUAGGCCUAGGCAGUGCCUAUGGGCUCUACCCAUAUGGCGCUCACUCCUUCCUCAGUACCCGCGGCCACAUCCUUCACAAGCGCGACGCUGAAGCCGACCCUGGCUACCUCUUGGGAGGAGGUCUCGGCCUAGGCGGCGCCUAUGGUUACGGCCUCAACUAUGGCCUUGGAGGAGCUUAUGGCUAUGGCUAUCCUCUGGGUCACGUCUCCUACAGCACCGUCGGCCACUCAAUCGGCAAGCGUGAGGCCGAGCCUGGCUACGGUCACGGCCUUCUUGGAGGUCUUGGAGGAUCCUACGGCUACGCCUCCUCUCUCCUCUAUCCAGGGAUCGCCCACUCCUACCAGUACAAUCAUGCUGUCAAUCCUCUUAUCUACGGAUAGGGAGACUCUAUGACAUUGUUCUUCCGGAUCUGAUUAAAUGCAUGCAUUGCAUAAUGCAAAUCUGCA